UUGGAUGUUCAUGAUGAGAAUAAGUAUAAAGUUGGGGUGAAUUUAACCCUCGAAUAAUAUCUGAAUUAUAAUAUUUAAAAAUUGCGAAAAAAUUGAGUUUCUGCGAUGCGGUACGAAAUUUGCUUUAUCCUUCGGAUCCGAUCUCUGGAGAUAUCAUAGUUGAGGCAGUGCGUACAUUAAAGGAACUGGCUAUAGUUUCGUAUCUCUUUGACUCUUGUUUUAACACUGAGAGAUGGCAGAAAAAGCAUGUGUAAAGCGCCUUCAGAAGGAAUUUAGAGAUCUCUGUAAAGAACCUGUUUCCCAUGUUGUGGCACGUCCUCUUCCAAAUGAUAUCCUCGAGUGGUACUAUGUUUUGGAGGGAAGUGAAGGGACGCCAUUUUCAGGUGGAUAUUACUAUGGAAAGAUUAAGUUUCCUCCAGAAUAUCCAUUCAAACCUCCAGGGAUCAGCAUGAUUACUCCAAAUGGUCGGUUCAUGACACAGAAGAAAAUUUGCCUGUCUAUGAGUGACUUCCACCCAGAAAGUUGGAACCCCAUGUGGUCUGUCUCUAGCAUAUUGAAUGGACUCCUUUCAUUCAUGAUGGACAGCAGUCCUACCACAGGCAGUGUGUCUACUACCGUAGAAGAGAAACAGAGAUUUGCAAAGGCUUCUCUUGCUUUCAACUGUAAGAACCCUACAUUCAAGAAAGUGUUUCCAGAAUACUUGGAUAAGUAUGAAGAGCGGCUAGCAGCCGAGCAACCUAAGCUUGAGCAGGACACAUCUGCACCUACUCAAAGAGGACUCUUGAGCCCGUUGUUAGAGAAACAAGGAGCAAAGGCGGAGUUGAAAAAAAUUGAAGCCCCAAAGGAGUCAAAUAACCGGAGGAAGCAGUCUUUUCCGGUUUGGUGGUUGUUGUUGCUGGUUACCAUUUUUGGUGUUGUAAUGGCUCUGCCUCUACUUCAACUUUGAUAGAUGACAGGGUAAAUUGUAAAAGUGUGUGCGAGUGUGGACAUGUGAGCAUUUCAAACCUUGAUUGACUCUCGAGUAAAUUGAUGUCCUAGAAUUCUUAUGUAUCUUAACAGGGUUCGUAUAGAGCUCAUACAAACGAUGGGCAUCAAUUUGAUCUCUGUCUAAUGGGGUUCACCAAAGUGCUGCCACUUGGUUUGUUAAUCUUAAGAUUAAGUGCUUACGUUUUCUUGUAUUCA